AUGUCGUCGCUUCUCGGUCCCGUCCCUCUGCCCACCCGCCCUUCCCGUAUUACCCACACAGUGGGAGAGCAGCACGUCGUGCGCGUCUCUCUCCCCUACAUGAGGGAGGACAUGCUGUUUGUCGGCGCGUCUGUGGGCGAGCGAAGCCGCCGGCGCACCGUCGCGUACGCGCAGGCACAGCAUGUCAUUCUUAAGAAGCACAUCGAGGAUGUGUUCCAGGCCGUCCACGCCAUCGUCACGGCCUGCAAGGACCCACGGAACCAGCACCUCCGCAUCAUCAAGGCCGCGAGGGAGGACAAGUUCGUGGGUCGCCUCCUCGAGAGCCUGAUCCACACCGUGUCGGACUUGGUGCAGGUCCACCUCCUCGUCUCUGAGCUUGAUGUGGCCUCGUGUGCACCGGCGGUGUCGUGUCCCACAUCGCCCGGCAAGCGCAAGCGCGAGACUGAGGCCACGAAGCACGAGUCGCCCGCCGCGAAACGCCAGCCGCCUGCCAGCCGCCUGCCUACCCCCAUCAAGGCGCGCCCCGUGGCGAAGAAGAGCGAGUCGCCCGCCCCUCCGAGCGCCGAAGUCACCGACCUCGCGCAGCGUGACUGUGCCUUCCUCGCCCUCAUGGCCCGUUGGACGCACGUAGCCAUGCAGGUGAAGGACCUGCUCCCGAUCGUCAAGGCCAUCAAGGACCGCCCAUUCCCCGACCUCGUCUCCGACCUCAAGGCGGCACUCGAGGAUCUCGACGACGCCCUCUCGCCAUUUGACCGCUACAACACUGAUGGCGAGACUGGCUUCAAGCUCGUCCGUAAGGGUGGUCAGGUCGGUGCGUUCAGUGCAGCCAAGGUUGAGCCGGUUAAGGGCAGUCCAGCCAAGGUCAGCCCGACCAAGGUCACCCCCGUCAAGGCCAACCCAGUCAAGGUCAUCGCAGGCAAGGUCACCGCGCCGAAGGUCAUCCCACCCAAGGCACCCUCUUUCAAGGCUCCCCCUUCCAAGGUUCCUCCUUCCAAGGUUAGCCCCGACAGGGUCAGCUCAGCCAAGGCCAGCCCAAUCAAAGUCAGCCCUCCCAAGCCCAUCCCAGGCAAGGUUAGAGCGGACAAGGCCAGCUCAGUCAAGGUCAUGCCCUCCAAGAUCGACCCCAACGAGGCCGCCCCGGCCGAGGUCAUCCCUGCCAAUGAUGACCCCGUUAAGGACAACCCAGGCAAGGCUGAGCCAGCCAAGGUUAGCCCCGCCGAGGACAGCCCCGCCAAGGUUGACCUCCCCGUGGUCAUCUCAGUCAAGGUUGGCCUCUCCGAGAUUGACGCCGUCGAGGUCGGCCCCGCCGAGGUUGACACCGCCAAGGCUAGCUCAGCCAAGAUCGACACCGCCGAGGUUGACCUGAACGAGGUCGAUCCUACCGGCGUCAGCUCCGUGGAGGUUGACCCCGUCGAGGCCGUGCCUGCCGAGGUCGACACCGCCGAGGUCAGCCCCGCCGCAGUUGGCCCCGCUGCCGCCACCUAG